AUGUUCGUCAAAAAAUUGGACAUUUUUGCAGAAAUUUUCCAGGAUUUAAUAAAAGAAGAAAAUAUUGGAAGAAAACGGCAAUAUGCCGAUUUAUUAAUUAAAGAUUUGGUGGUUCAAGUAUUAAAAUCUAGUAGGAUCGAAGAAAUUGUUUUGAUUGGAUUAAACCCUUAUUUGCCAAAUGACUUCCAUAACAAUGAAGAGUUCCAUUUUGAAAAAGUUAAAAUAUUUCAUUAUAAGAAUACAGAUUCUCCAGAAUUAUUGAAAAAGUUUGUUGGAAUUGUUAGUGAAAUCCGUAAAUUAUGCCUCGAAAUAACAAGAAAUGAUGAGGCUGAUGAUGGAUUAGAUAGACUGAUAAAUGGGCAACCUAAAUUAAGAAUAUUGCAUCUUCUGAUAGAAAAAGGUUGCACUUUAUCUGCAAAUACUUUGAAGGCAUUAUUGGAUAAGUCAGACUUGUUAACCGAAUUCAAAUGCUACGUCCAUGCUAUAAAUGAAAUGUUGGAAAAAGGGGCAAUUUUCCCAAACAUGAGAAAAUUAGAACUUUUUAAUUAUUUUGAUGAUGGGAAUAUUUCAAUGAGUUAUUUCAAACGUGCUAAAUUUUCUCAACUUGAAGAACUUCAUUUCAUGUUCAAUUCUGAAAACGGUACACAUGACCUUAUUCAGUUUAUUAAACAAAACAGUUUAAACCUAAAAACUAUUAUGAUUCACGGGAACCCAGACAAACGUUCAUUUGGAAAUUUUAUCCCCGAAAUUGCAGGAACCUGUCAGAGAUUAAAACAUUUAUCAAUCCCGUACCAUCAUGAUCACCAAGCUUCCUUAACUCUAUUGUUUAAGGAGUGUGUUGAUCUGGAGACAAUUUCAUUAAAAAAUUUCAUGGAAGACUAUGAUGAUUGUGAUUUUGACAAGGUCAUUGAUGCUCUGAUAACGACAGGGCAGAAAAAAUUACAUGAAUUUUUAUUUGAAGAGAUUUUUAAGGUCUCCGAUGAUGGCCUAAAAAAACUAAAGAAUUGGGAAGUUAUUCCUAUAAAAAUAUAUAUAGAACAUUAUGGAGAUGAAAACAAUAAGCUAAUUAAGCUAAUUGAAUUAUUAAAAGAAAAUGGAUUUUAUAACAUAUAUAUAACAUAUAAAUAA